UUAAAAGACUUGGCCCUCUUCCUCUUCCUCUUCCUCCUUCUCUCCCCACUACCAAAACCUACUUACGCAUAUACUGAGAUAGAGGAGUUGUGAGAGCUAGUAAUGGCGCUGUACAUACUGUACGAGUCGGCGUCGGGUUACAGUCUGUUUAUUGCUCACGGACUCGAUGAAAUUGGGCAGAAUACGGAGGCGGUUCGGGGGUCCGUGUCGGACCUGAACCGGUUCGGAAAAGUGGUUAAGUUAGCUGCCUUUAGUCCCUUUGAGUCCGCCCUUGAUGCUCUCAAUCAAUGCAAUGCCGUCUCUGAAGGGCAAAUGACUGAUGAGCUGAGAAGCUUUUUGGAGCUUACUCUCCCAAAAGUUAAGGAAGGGAAGAAGCCUAAAUUCAGCUUAGGAGUGGCAGAGCCUAAACUUGGGUCACAUAUUUGUGAAGUAACUAAAAUUCCUUGCCAAAGCAAUGAAUUUGUCCUCGAGCUUCUUCGAGGCGUGCGCUUGCAUUUUGAUAGGUUCAUUGAAAACCUAAAGCCUGGUGAUUUAGAGAAAGCACAACUUGGUCUUGGUCACAGCUAUAGCAGAGCAAAGGUCAAGUUCAAUGUGAACCGUGUAGACAAUAUGGUUAUUCAGGCUAUCUUUCUUCUUGAUACUCUCGACAAAGACAUCAACUCCUUUUCCAUGAGAGUCAGAGAAUGGUACUCUUGGCACUUCCCUGAAUUGGCGAAGAUUGUUAAUGACAAUUAUCUGUAUGCCAAAGUUGCAAAAUAUGUGGAAGAUAAAUCUCAGUUGUCUGAAGACCAUUUAUCAGGCUUAACUGACAUAGUUGGGGAUGAAGAUAAAGCAAAGGAAAUUAUAGAAGCUGCCAAAGCAUCCAUGGGACAGGAUUUGUCUCCAAUUGACUUGAUUAAUGUCAAGCAAUUUGCCCAGAGAGUAAUGGAUCUUGCGGAGUAUAGGAAAAAGCUCUAUGAUUAUCUUGUUGCCAAAAUGAAUGACAUAGCACCUAAUUUGGCUGCACUGAUUGGUGAAGUCGUUGGUGCUCGAUUGAUUUCUCAUGCUGGCAGUCUCACAAACUUGGCAAAGUGUCCUUCUUCAACUCUUCAGAUCCUUGGUGCUGAGAAGGCCCUCUUUAGGGCACUGAAAACCCGUGGGAACACUCCAAAAUAUGGUCUUAUAUUCCAUUCCUCCUUCAUUGGCCGUGCUUCUACUCGGAACAAAGGCCGGAUGGCUCGUUAUCUUGCAAACAAGUGCUCUAUUGCUUCUCGCACUGACUGUUUCUUAGAGAAAAAUACUACUGCUUUUGGAGAAAAGCUCCGUGAACAAGUUGAGGAGCGUCUAGACUUCUACGAUAAAGGGGUUGCUCCUCGUAAAAACCUAGAUGUGAUGAAAUCAGCUAUUGAAACUGUUGAGAGCAAAGAUACAGAAGUGAAUGUAGAUGAACCCGCUAAUGGACCUUCUGUGAAAAAAGGCAAGAAAAAGAAAUCCAAAACUGGAGUGAAGGAGGAUGUUGAAUCGAUGACUGAGGAUAAUCCAGCAGCUGUUUCUAAUGGAGAUGCUCCUGAAGAACCUAAAAGUGAAAAGAAGAAGAAAAAGGAGAAGCGAAAAUUGGCACAAGAGGCAGAUGAGGAAAAGAAUGAACCUACAGAAAAUGUAAAUGGUACAAAUGGAUUUAAUGCUGAAGAUGGAACAGUCAAGAAGAAGAAGAAGAACAAGAGUAAGGAUGAAAACACUGAGGAUCUAGCUGCAAGGGAAGGUAAAAAGAAGAAGAAAAAGUGAUCGAGAAAUGAAGACAGUGAAUGAACACUGGUAAGGAGAUUGUUUUUUGAAAUCCAGUAGUUGUUAUCUGGAUCGGUCGGAUUUGUAGGUUUGGAAUUCGAGGCAUGGGGUGUGUGGUCCGUAGGCUAAUGUGUGCUAUGAUAUGUGAAAAAUCAAUUUAGUCCCCCUCCUAAUGUGAACACAAAUGGUUUCGGGGGCCUAUCAAAUAUCUAUUUAUAGUCGUUUUAUGUUCCAGUGUUAAUGCUGUUGGUAAAUGCAUGCACCCAUUGCAAGAUAAUUGCAAUCAAAAGCAUUUCCCGUGUGACUGAAAUUUUUCUUUGAAAUUCAUCUCACUUCUCUAAAUUAACUUUC